AUGAUAAUGAGAGGAACAAAGAGGAAGAUCGAAAUCGAGAAACGCGAGACUAAACAACAACGAUCCGUGGCUUGUUCUAAACGCCGGAAAACACUUUUCUCUAAAGCCGCCGAUCUCUGCCGUCUCUCUGGAGCCAACAUUGCAGUCUUCGUAACUUCUCCCGCCGAGAGUUCUGAUGUUGUUUACUCCUUCUCCGGUUACUCCUCCGCCUCCGAGAUCGCCGAUUGUUACCUCAACGGCAAGCUUCCUCUCAAAACGACGACCAAGCUAGGGUUUUGGUGGCAAGACCCUGAUCUCUACCGUUAUUGCGACGAUCUCUCCGAGAUAAAUCUCAUCGAGGAACGUCUUGAGAGAGUGAAACAAGAUUUGAUGGCUUGUCUUGAGAAGAAACAAAAAACACAAUCUGUCACUGGUUUCGAUCAAAACCCUAACACUUCUUCUCUCGACAAGACUAUCCAUAGCGUGUCUUCUUCUUCAACUUCUUCUUCGCAAAACCCUAGCACUUGUUCUUCUUCACGCUUUGUUUCUGAUUUCGUUCAAAGCUCCCACGCUUCUUCUCUCAGCGACAUCUCUAAUUCAAAAUUUGCUUCUUUUGGUGAUCAGGACCCAAAUUACUCAUCUUCACUCGACGAGAUCAAUGCCGGAGCUUCUUCAUCGCAAAUUGAUCAAAACCCUAGCUUUUGGGAAAAUCUCUUUAACGAACAUGAGUUUGGUCUUAACAACGACUUAUGGAAAACAAAGGAUGACACGAACAGCUCAAUGAGUCUAACGCAAGAAACACCAACAGAGCCUGUGGUCUAUGAUGUCGGUGGUUAUGAUGAUGAGAAGAGCUUUUGGGAAAAUCUCUUUAACGACGAUGUGUUCGGUCUUAACAACGACUUCUGUGACAUUUUGGCUCCAAUAGCUUAA